CUGACCACCCUCAGAUAAUCGCCGCUAAUAUCUUAGAUUGUAUGCCUAAUCGGCGCGUGUGGGGGGCGUAUAAAGACGAGCGUUGACCCAUUUCAAACCUCAUACAUCAAGUACGCGCGGACAUGAACAGUAUAGAACUGAUUUGAAAAUAGAAUACUUUCUCGACGAUCUGAAUUUAAAAUUUGAUUUGUGUUACAAUGGAUUAAGGUGGUGUGUGUGAAGUGUGUGUUAUUGACUGUAGUGACAGUUUAGAUCUGCAUAAUGAAGAUCCAACUAGUCUACCUCACGCUAUGGUCGCUAUCCCAGGCCGCAUACAUCAGCCGCAUGACGGUCAACCGCAUGCGGGUGCCGACGGCCUUCCGUCCCGGAGUCACGCUUCACCGGACCUGGACUCAUCCUCGGCUGGUCCAGGCCGCGUCACAUAGAACGCCUUAUGUUAUAUACAGGAACCCACCACACAGAUACGCCAUGAAGCACUACGGGCCCAACCCCAACCGGAACGUGUUCAUCAACAGCGGUCCGUGGAAGACGACGGCCAGACUGCCGACGAUUACCAGCGCCACGCCGGAGUACGAGUUCGUGAAGGCUGCGUCCGCGCCGACUGCGUUGAGAGUUAACGGUGACAAAGGUGCCAUCCACACGAUCCCAGCGCCCAACCUGAGUCUUUCGGAGAAGCCAAUCGUGGUCAUCGAUGCGACGGAGCAGGGACCAAAACCAACAUACGAGGUAACAGAGAAAUACAUAGAGCCGUCAAUCCAUGUGGCUAAAAUCGAAUCGCCUAUAGGAUUUUCUAAAGCCACGUCCUUAACGGGCCCUGAAAUACAAACCCUGGUCCGAAACGGCGCCGCCCUUCAACUGACGUCAGAGUACGGGCUGCCGGCGAUCGCUAUGGCGCAACAUCAUCAGGCCCAACUUAUGCCCCAACAGUUCACUAUACAACAGACCCUGGUCCGAAACGGCGCCGCCCUUCAACUGACAUCUAGAGUACGGGCUACCGGCGAUCGCUAUACCUCAGCAUCAGGCGCAACGCAACUUGUGCCGCAACAGUUCACUAUACAACAGGGUUUCAGUGCCAUGCCAACCCACCACGAUCUAGUCCAAUCCGGCGCUGAAGGCAUCAUAAUACCGCCGAACGCAUUAUAUCAACCUGACCCCGGAUAUCUGCAAAAACUACAGAACCAACUGUUGCAGAGGUACCCCGCCGUCGAAUUUAUACCGUACGCUGCUGACAUCCCCACGGAAGGACAGAUCCAAACUCAAGCAUCACAAAUACAGCCCCAAGUGAUCCUGCUCCAAAACGAAGUUACCAAGCAGGCACCAGCACCAUUCGUCGCAAGAGAACAGCAAUAUGAUAAGAACGUCGUACAGAGGGAAACUCAAGAAAAAACCGUAGUAACAUUAGUCCCGCAAAAACUUAUUAUAACUACUCAAAAUGUAACUGAGAAACCUGCUGAAACCACCACCCAAUACCAAACUACAUCAACGCCACAAAAUAUAACAGUUCAAGUGGUCACAGAAUCCCAACCUUCAUCAACAGUUCAAUACAUAGUAGAAAGUACAACUGAAGAACAUAAGACGACAACUCCACUGUACUACGCCCAAGUUGGUCAAAGCGUUGGAAGCGCAAUAGCAAGUGGGUUUUACUCAGCUAUCAAUGACGUAAGAGCGGCAGCUGCAUUAGCUCAAGUAAGUGAAACACCGCAAGAAUCAGCCAGUACCGAAGCAGAAAAUACAACUACUACAAUGACCUCGACAACCACAACUACUACAAUGAAUCCAGAAUUUCAGCCAUACUUUGUACAUAAGAAAGAAGAUGAGAAGAACGAUACGAGUGGAGAAUUAAUAUCUGUAUUAGGAAUUCCUUUUGCGAAGCCAGAGCCAGUCAAACCAAUACCUAAACCUGAUGAAACAGUGAAAGUAGCUUACACUCUAUACAGGACCGACGAUAAAGAUCAGAAGGUAGCAAAAGAUGGAAGCAUAUAUGCUGGACAGAUAGUGGAAGCGAGUAUAAGUGAAGACCAAGAUUUUAAUAAAGAGAAGAACAGUAUUUUGUCUAGAAGGGCGCCUGUAAGGCUGAUAGCUGUUCCAGUUGAGAAUCCUAGCACGACCACAGCCUCAACAACAACGCUGGUGCCGCAGAAAGUAACAGUGGUGAAAGCGAAGAUUCCACCGAAAAGCAAGUUGACGUUUGAUGACAAAACAGGCGAGCCAGUACUGAGAAUUUAUGCCAGUUACGUGGAUACUCCUCAGCAGAAAGAAGUGGUGGUAUCCAAGCUAGCAAACAUGAAACAAAAAGAAGUAGCUCGAAAGACAGACAGCGUCGACAACUGGAAAGCAGCAACCAUAAAAUCAGUGGACAAAACCCAGGGACCGAAUAUGAACCAAGUAACUCAAUUCGGACUCAAACUUAGAUCCAGAAGCGACGAUUACAUACCACUGUUCGAUGAUUACGAAGAUUAGUACAACUAUAAGUAUUUAAAAUUAUUUAUUCUACAAGACUGUCUCCUUAGUAUAACAAAUUAACUGUAAGUAGGCGUGUCCAGACCCAGACAGAACGAGCCGCUUCGCGAUGAAAUUGCCGCGUGAAGCAGCGAAGUCCUCUGUAGACGUGCCUCGGUCGCAUGAUGAUGUUGCAUAGGGCGAGGCACGUCUCCACAUCAACCGAGCUGCUUCGCGCGGAAAUUUCCUCGCAUAAUUUAAGCAUUAUGCAUUUAGAAAACUAAUAACCAUUUGUAUUAUUUCCCGAUAAAAGACUACAUAAAUAGUUUGGUAAAGUAUAGGUACGUUAAAUGUUAUAAUAAUAACAAUAGUUUUGAAACAACACUCGUGCAUUUACUUUAUUUAUUUAAAUAACAGUAUUUAAUAAGUUCCAUUAAUUUUUAAAUUAGCUAUAGCGAUUUAAUAUUGUAAUCGCUUUGACUCACUACCAGUGAUCUUCAGAAUACUUCAUUAAAACUUAAACAACGAAAGUGCUCAAUUAAAACAACAUGGCGGCUGACUCAAUGAACCAAAUAUGGGUUCUUAUUCUUAGUACCUAUUUGUAUGUUAUAAGUUAUAAAGAAUGAUUAAUUCUUUACAUGUAAGCAUUUUAAUGUAUUGUUUCAAACUUCUUGAGACUGUGUUAUUUAUAAAUUAUCCAUAUUCUAAGUUAGGUUAACAUAGAAUUAGUUUUGUUGACGCAUUUCGUUAUUAAAUCCUAUUUAUUUUAAUGUAAAUAAUGAUUAUUGUUUUGUUUUUGUUAAAGCCAAAUUUAUAACUCGAGUUAUAAUAAAAUUAAACAAAAGUAUUUCA